CAGUGGCACUGUGGAACUCUCAGAGACCAAGACCAGCGCCGCGUAGUUCACCUCAAUCUUGCAAACCCACAUACGCUACAAUCUUUAGCGAGGAGCUAGAGAUUUUUCAAGGAAUCUCAGCGCUAUGGAGGAUUCCAGAGAGCAGAAUGGCAAUGCCCAUGCCCUUGCAGCUGCCGGCAACACUCCCGACGAGCCGCAGCAAGAGGGCGCCGACGAGGCCGAGCCGGGGCAGCUGCAGCAAGACGGCGCCGACGAGGCCGAGCUUCUGUUGAAGCUGAGGAAGUACCUGGUGCUGAUGGCCAUCCUCGUGGCGGCCAUCACGUUCCAGGCGGGGCUGGCCCCGCCGGGCGGCUUCUGGCAGGACAGCAAGAAGGGCCGCGUCGCCAGCGACAUCGUGAUGAGGUCCAGCUACCCCAGGCGGUACCUUGUCUUCUUCUACUUCAACACCACGGCGUUCGGGGCCUCGCUCAUGGUGCUCAUACUGCUCCUGAUGAGGGAGCUGACCCAUAAGGCGGUCUGGCUCCGCACGCUCCAGUUCGCCAUGAUUCUUGGCUUGCUGGGGCUCAUGGGGGCCUACGCCGCUGGGAGCUGCAGGGAGGUGAGGACCUCUGUUUACAUCUGGGUGUUACUCCUUGGCAUCUUCGCCUAUGUCACACUCCAUGUGGUAUUCUUCAAGCACUUGGCACCUCAAUGUCUGCGAGAUAUGUUCUGGGGUAUUCGUGCAUAUUGGAAGAAUACUCUUGGGCACAUAAUGACACCAGGAUCAGGGAAGACAGCAGAUGAGCAAGGUGCAGCAGGUCAGUUGGAAGAGAGGAUAACAGAUGGCCAAGAGGCCUCAAAUGCAGAGAGGAUAGCAGAUGGCCAAGAGGCUUCAAGUCCAGAGAGGAUAACAGAUGGCCAAGAGGCUUCAAGUCCAGAGAGGAUAACAGAUGGCCAAGUGGCUUCAAAUGCAGAGAGAAUAACAGAUGAGGAUUCAAAGAAGAGAGAAGAAAAGGAAGAUCUUGAAAGAAAUCGCAGCUCCUUGCUGGUUCUUGCCACAUUGGUAGCAACAGUGACAUAUGUGGCAGGGUUAACCCCUCCAGGUGGCUUCUGGUCUGAUGAUAACAGGAACCACAUUCCUGGUGAUCCGGUGCUGCGAGACCACUAUCCACGCCGAUACAAGGCCUUCUUCUAUUGCAAUGCCACUGCUUUUGCUGGAUCGCUUGUCAUCAUCAUCAUGGUCCUCAGUCAAACAGCGGUGGAUCAUGUUGUCAAGUCAAAUGCUCUGCGGUUGUGUGUGGUAGUCAGUCUCUUUGGGCUUAUGGGGGGAUAUGCUGCUGGAAGUUGCAGGGAGGUACAUACAUCGAUCUAUGUCUUUGCACUUGUUGGUGCAGUAUUGCUCUACCUCAUCAUUCAGUGUAUUGAACCUGCUCUGCCUAAGUCAGCAUAUGUUGAGGGUACCAUCACACGUGUGAAAAAUAAAAAUAAAGAAAUGGUUGAGAAGCUGAGGACUUUCAUCACUGACUUGUUAGAACCACCUAGCAUACCAGUACAAGUUCAGCCAGAAAACAGCACUCGAGGCACUAAUUUCCAGAAGUUGCGCACAUACCUUCUAUUGCUUGGCAUCCUUGCCGCCACAGUUACCUUCCAAGCUGGGCUGAAUCCACCAGGAGGCUUUUGGACAGAUACCAGUGAUGGGCAUAUUGCUGGUGAUCCAAUUUUGGAGGCCAUCAGUCCGAAGCGCUACAAGGCAUUCUUCUAUUGCAAUGCCACAGCAUUUGUAGCCUCUUUGGCCAUCAUCAUCCUACUCCAGAGCCAUUUGAUUACCAUUCAUGCCAUGAAGCGUCAUGUACUGCAAACAGCAAUGACACUGGUGCUCUUUGGUCUUAUGGGAGCCUACGUCGCUGGAAGCAGCAGGAAGUUCUCAACAUCCAUAUAUGUGUUCGUCCUAGUCCUCCUAGUGUUCGCCUAUGUUGUACUUCAUAUUCUAUAUGAGAGGACACUAGGGAAUACUGGGAGCACAGCAGGGAAUGCUGAGAGCACAGCAAGGAAUACUGAGAGCACAGCAGGGAAUUCUGAGAGCACAGCAGGGAAUACUGAGAUCACAGAAGGGAAUACUGAGAGCACAGCAGGGAACACUGAGAGCACAUCAGGGAAUACUGGGGCUUCCAUGGCAGGAACCUCCCAAAAUCCUGGUUCUUCUGAACCUACUCCUGAAGAAAAAAAAGAUUUGCAGAAGAGGCGAAAGUUUCUGAUGUUGCUCGCAAUUCUAGCAGCUUCUAUCACAUACCAAACUGGUAUAAGCCCACCAGGUGGCUUUUGGACUGACAACAGUAACGGACACCGAGCAGGUUACCCAGUGUUUCGUGACGAGUUCCGAAACCACUAUAGGGUGUUCUUCUACUUCAAUGCUACUGCAUUCAUGGCAUCCCUGGCAGUAAUUCUGUUGCUUGUUAGCGAGAGGCUAUGCAAGAAAGGUCUGGAGUGCUAUGCGCUACGUGCAUGUGUACUGGUUGAUCUGAUCAGCCUCAUGGGUGCUUUUGCUACUGGAAACUGCAGAAAAGUGUCAACAUCUGGCUAUGUCAUUCUUGUUGUUCUUGCAGUGUUUGUCUAUGUCAUGAUUCAAGUCCUGGUUCUGACACCAAAAGAUAAGUGGAAUGAGUUGCUGCGGCCUUCUAAGCACCAAAAUCCAUCAAUGAAUCACACGAGAAGUAUACAUGAUACUGAUAGUAAGAGAACAGAGCACAAAUGGCGCAAAGAUUUGAUGCUGAUUGGAACUCUUGCAGUCACUGUCACAUACCAAGCCGGUCUGCUUCCGCCAGGAGGGGUUUGGCCUGAUGACCGGGAUGGCCAUUUUGCAGGUGACCCAAUCCUCCAUGAUACCAACCUAACACGGUACAAGGUAUUCUUCUAUUGCAACGCCACAGCAUUCAUGGCCUCAAUGGUCAUGGUCAUCCUCCUACUGAACAACACAAUAAGCAAGUACAAGAGAUCUCUCUUUGCCAUGAAAAUAGCAAUGGUCUUGGACUUGCUUGGUUUACUUGGGGCAUAUGCCGCGGGCAGCUGCAGGAAGUUGAAGACAUCUGCAUACAUUUUUGCACUCGUCAUUGCCGUGAUCAUCUACAUCGUCAUUCAUGUCGUGUUGUCAUUUGACGAAGUGGCAAGGUUAGUGAAGGAGAAGUGGAAAAAGUGGGUGCGAUGUCUGGAAAGGUGCUUCUGUUGCAACUGAUUCAAGCAAUCAACAAUCUGACGGGGAACCAGGAAAAAGUCCUCUGCCUGUGUAAGAGUAGUCUCAGUUGUGACAUUUGUUCAGUCUAUCAUGAGAUAGACACAACCUCCAAAGUUGCAAUUUGUGUUUUAUUCUUGCUCAAGGCCAUCAUGUAGUGUUAUUUGGUGCAUUCUUUGAAUGUGAGCAAAAGAUAAUACAGAUGACAACUGUGAGAUGUGAAAUGGUUCUUUUUUCUUAGUUAACAAUAUGUGGAAUUACCUUCUGAAGUAAAAA